UUUUUUCCGAUUCAGCAAUAGAAGCGCAGUUAAAAUAUUUGUUAGAUAGAGAAGCGGAACUACAGUUACAAAUUGACGAAUUAAUAGAAGAAAUUACACAAUUAGAAGCUAAGAUUACUAAUAAGGAUGGUCAAGACGAGCGCGGAAAAAGUGUCGAAGGUGGAGAUAAGGCUGGAAAUAAUGGUAUUUUGCCUUGUUUUAAUAUAAACGGAAAGGAUCCACCAGGAUGUAAACAUUCGAUUUCUUCUGAUGUAAUAUUUUCGGAAAGACGUGGACAAAGUCAAAAACCGGAAGAAUUAUACGGGAUGAUUGAGGAAUUAGUUCCAAAUGGUAUGCAUGCUUAUG